AGCACGCGCGCUCGGUGGGGUGUUCUUCGCCUCUCACCCUCAAGGGUGGAGCAUUGAAUGCCGGGAUAUAUAGUCAUGUAGUUCAUACCGCUCCGCUCUCUCGUCCUACAGAGCUUACCCGCUACUACCACUAAGUCUCGCGGGAUGUCGAGGUCACCUCUCGCGAGAAGUGUGGUCGCGUUGCUGCUUUGCUUGCUAUGUAGGAGCCUGUACAAUACCGUAGUCCUGGUUCUUUAUGCUGCUGAGUGAGUAUUGACCCCAGCCACACACGACAAUGGGGAAGCCAACUAAGCAGAGGAGAAAGGGCCAAGUGGCUGACAGGGCCAAGGGCUCGAGUGGGGCAGGGACAGCAUUGGUCAAGAACAACCCCUUCGAGGUGAAGGUCAACAAGCAGAAGUUUAAUAUCUUGGGGAGGAGAACCAAACACGAUGUGGGGCUGCCAGGCAUCUCGCGGUCCAAGGCUGUCAAGAAGCGUACACAAACUUUGCUGAAAGAAUACAAAGAACGGGAAAAGUCCAAUGUAUUUAAAGAUAAGCGUUUUGGUGAAUAUAAUACCAAAAUAAGCCCAGAGGAGAAGAUGAUGAAGAGGUUCACUUUGGAACGACAGCAAAAUCAUGAAAAGAAAAGUAUCUAUAAUCUCAAUGAAGAUGAUGAAUUGACCCAUUAUGGCCAAUCUUUAGCAGAUAUUGAAAAACUUAAUGAUGUCAUUGAUAGUGACAGUGAUACUGAAGAAAGAGGAAUAUUAUCAGCUGAGCUAACUGCUGCUCACUUUGGAGGGGGUGGAGGUCUCCUUCGUAGGAAAGCACUCACUGGGGAACAAGAUGAAGAGGAGGAAAAACCUAAAUCUCGCAAGGAGCUCAUUGAAGAGCUGAUUGCCAAAUCCAAACAAGAGAAGAGAGAGAGACAGACUCAGAGAGAGAGUGCCUUGGAACUCACAGAAAAACUUGACACUAACUGGAAAGAAAUCCAAACCCUUCUCUCCCACAAAACCCCCAAGUCAGAGAGGAAAGUUAAAGAAGAGGAGAAACCCAAGCCUGAUGAGUAUGAUAUGAUUGUUCGAGAACUUGGGUUUGAGAUGAAGGCGCAACCCUCUGACAGGAUGAAGACUGAGGAAGAGUUGGCGAAAGAGGAGCAAGAAAGACUCCAGAAACUAGAGGCUGACCGACUGCGUCGAAUGCAUGGAAAAGAUGAACAGGAGAACAAAAAGAAACCCAAGCAUAUGUCAGCUGAUGAUUUAGCAGAUGGCUUCAUCCUGGAUAAAGAUGACAGACGUUUACUUUCUUAUAAAGGUGGAAAACUCAGUGUUGGAAAUGAUGAGGAAGAAGGCGGGAAUGAAGAAGAGGAGGGAGAGAGUGAAGAAGAAAGUGAGGGAGAGCCUGGUGGAGAAGAUGAGGAAGAAGCAAUUGUUGAAGAAGAUGAUGCUACAGAUAGUCCCUCUGACCUUGAAUCUGACAUGGGGAGUGAGGAAGAGGUCACUGCAAAUGAAGAACAGAAGGAGAAACACAAAGGAAAUGAAGAGAGAUUGCAAAGUGAGGAAGAACAGAAUGCUAAAAUAGAAGCUGCCAGAUCUGAGCUUCCAUAUACAUUUACUGUUCCAGAAUCCUAUGAGAAACUUAAAUCUUUACUGUUUGGAAGAAUAGUAGAAGAACAGCUAGUUAUCCUAGAGAGGAUUCAGAAGUGCAAUCAUCCAAGCCUUGCAGUGGGAAACAAAGCAAAGUUAGAAAAACUGUUUGGCUUCCUUUUGGAGUACAUUGGGGAAUUAGCAACUGUGGAGCCACCAGAGCUCAAAACAAUUGACAAAUUGGUCCUGCCGUUGUACAGUCUUUGCCAGAUGUUUCCUGAAGCUGCAAGUAACAGCGUUAAGCUUGUCCUCCAAGAUGCUGCACAUGACAUGCAAGAAAUGAUUGAAGUCAAAGGCCGUGCAACAUUUCCAGGGCUAGACAUGCUCAUUUAUUUGAAAAUUACUGCAAUACUAUUUCCUACCUCUGACUUCUGGCACCCAGUAGUAACACCUGCAUUGGUAUAUAUGAGUCAGUUACUUACUAAGUGCCAAGUGAUGACGCUACAAGAUGUUGUUAAAGGAUUGUUUGUGUGCUGUUUGUUCCUGGAAUAUGUAUCACUGUCUCAACGAUUCAUACCAGAACUUAUAAAUUUCAUCGUUGGAAUACUUCACUUAUCUAUACCUCAAAAACGACCACAUGGCUAUAUUCUAGUGCAUCCUUUCAGACCAGCAGGAAAAAAUUCAGAAUUACUCUUGGUCAGUGAUAAGAAGGAUAUGGAGACCUGGAAAAAGCAAAAUCUGCCACUUAGUAUUGUGACUAGAUUAAAGGAAAGCAGCAAAACAGAAAUGAAUCAUUUCAGGUUAUCAUGUCUAGCCGUAUGUUUGGAUCUCAUUAAGAAAUGUGCAGCUUUGUAUGAAUCUUUGUCAUCCUUCCAUGAAAUAAUGCAACCCAUCAGAGUACUUCUUACAGAACAUAUACCAGUGAGUGAAUACCCUGAACAACUGCAGGAGUUGUAUCAAAAUGCUCUGAAAGAGCUAGAGGACAAAGGAAAACACUAUACCCCAUUGGUGUGUGAGAAAAAGAAGCCUGUGCCAUUGAAACUGUACAUGCCCAAAAUUGUGAAAGUUCUCGAGUUUGGGAGGAAACAGGGAGGCAGCAAGGAGGAGCAGGAAAGAAAGAGGCUGAUUCACAAACACAAACGUGAAUUUAAAGGAGCUGUUCGGGAGAUCCGGAAAGAUAACCAGUUCCUGGCUAGAAUGCAGCUUUCAGAAAUUAUGGAAAGGGAUUCUGACAGAAAAAGAAAAGUGAAAAAUCUUUUCAAUAGCCUUGCUACACAGGAAGGUGAAUGGAAGGCAAUGAAGCGGAAGAAGUUUAAAAAUUAGACAUUGACAUUCUACAACAGGAAACCAUGGGACAUUAUAUUUUUACUUUCAGGUAAAAUAUAUAAACUGAUGGAUUUUGAGGAGACUUUGUCUUCUUGGUGCAUUCCUUUUGUGGAAAACAGGAUCCUUCAAGAACAGUCUGAAAAAGGAUUCUGAUAAAUUGGUUAGUUGGCUGUAUUUUUUCAUGUGAAAAAUAAAGAUAACAUCCUUUUGUAUUUGUUGUACUUACUAUCAUAUUAAUGAGAAAUAUUUUGGUGAAUAGGUGUUCAGAAAACUGUACAUUCUUGACAGGAACUUCAGACCAAUUCUGAGAGUCCAUUUUAUGGUGCAUUGUAUGGGUAUUCUAAAAAGAAUCAAGUAACAGGCAUAGACUUUUUUGUGUAUUUUUGAUAUAGAUGCUCCCCGGGUUAUGGAAGACCCAACUUGCGCAAAUUCACACUUACGGAAAAUGUUCCAUAAGACAGAAAUACAAUUUUCAAGUUGUGGAAAUUUUUGCAUAACGUACGGGGUAUAUGUUUCCAACUUAUGCAAAAUUCAAAUUACGGAAGGCUUUCCGGAAUGGAACGUUUGGGUAAAUCUAGGGGGGCGUCUGUAUUUCAAAAUUGCUGAUGUUAAAUUAGCAUCACAACUAUAUAAUAAUGUUUUAAAUAGGAUUUAGCUUUAGGAAAGUAGGAUUCCUGUACUCUAGGGCCUAGUGGAACUAGUUUGUUGACAGUUGGUGUAUGGUUAAAGCCCAACAUCCAUUUAUCAGGUCAAUAACUGUUGACAUUUGCUCCAUAUGUAUUGAAUCUUAAUGUUGAUCUCAACGUACAGUCCUGACACUGUGUAACAUGGGUCAAUUAAACAGACUACCUCAGCACCUUCAUAACUAUCUGAUUGACUCACAGCUUUAAAUCAUUUUUACAUAUUUCAUAACAAAACAAGUUAAGUUACUUGGGUACCUGAAUGACAGUUGGAAAAGAUUUGUACUCUAUCAGCUACAUUUGUGCAGAAACAAGAAGUAUUUCACCCCUACUUCACCGUGUAAAGUUGGUCGCUUGAAUUGGAUCACCAUCCCAAGAUUCAUCAUAAUCUACUUAUAUCCUAAAUCCAUCCAUGGCUAAUUAUAUUUGCAGUGAAGAAAUCUAUAAUUACUUUCCAGUUUCAAAAUGCUUAAAGUUGUUCUAAAGAAGACACUAAGGGUCCUAAAGAACCUCUGCAAAAUGAAAGUAUUUUUACUUCACAGCUGCACAAACAUGAAACCCUUAAAGUGCAGCUUUAAACUUACUGUUAACCCUACAGAGCCAGCAGAGCAGUGGGAGAGUGAGUUGGAUUCUUUUCUGUAUGUAUCAUUAAUUUGUUCGCCUAGGAUCACUCAUGUAUGAAGUUAGUCAAAUGCUCAAUGCUUUGCUGAAUCAGGGCUUAAAUUCCAGUAGGAAGGCCAGUUUCUUACCUCAGAUCCCUUUAUGCAAUCCAAUUCUUUUCUGUCUACAUAUUUAUACCAUGCUUUUCACAAUGGCAUCUAGAAUCCAGGAUGGAUCUCCCUACACAUAAACAUACAUUCUUCUUUCUUCUCCCCUUUUAAAAACCUGAAAACUAAUUUUUUCCAAGAUUCUGCACUCAGCUAUACCUGUACAUAAGCACAAUGUUGCACAGGUGAUGUCAACAUUGGUCCUGCAGGAUUUUUAUUAAUGGUGGUGAUGUCUAUGAGCCAGAAAAAAUACAGCUUAUCCUUUAAAUCCCAAGUUGAGUUUGCCACGCUAGUGGUUAAAAUAAACAUCUUUUUACUUUUUAAGUAAGAUAAUUUGAUUUGCUAUAUAAACAGAGAACUUCACAAUGCCAUAUUUAAAGACCUGUUUCAAAGUUGAAUACAUCGUUUUCUGAACUGUGUCAAAACAAGAGUGUGCAGUUUUAAUAUGCACGUGUGUUUACCAUGAUUGUGCAUCUAUAUGGCUCCUAACUGUUCACUUCUGUGAUUGUUUAGGUGUACAAUGUACAUUGAAAUUAGAAAUGGAAUCACAUGUUCAUUUUUAAACAGAGUUCUGGAGAGCUGUCAUUUUAUAGUUUAGCCAAUUUGUGAAUUUAAAAUGGUGGAUUUGACUUUUUAACUUUUUCUUGAAAAAUAAUGUAACUCCAAUCAAUCCAGAUGCAAAAUUUGUACUAAGCUGCCUCAAACUAGCCACAAUGUAUGCUUCUUACCUUCUCAAAUUAGAUUUACAAUGAAAGCACCAAUACACCCUGAAAUAUGAGGGUACAAAUGAAAAACUGUGCUCAUAUUUAAAUUUCCCCUUUAAGGCCAAGAAAACCGUAUUUCAUUUUUGCAAAAUGAGACUUUUUUGCAUAUCAAGAUUUCUGAUACAAAAGAGAUGUCACCUUAUUUGGGAAAGUUAAUUUUUACUAAAUCUCAAAAUUAAUGUUGCAAUAUAACUGAUAAAUAGCAUAAUGAUGCAUCAAUUUCUCUGCUUUUAAAAUCAGUUUUAUUUGGUGUUAAAAAGCCAGUGCAUAAUAUGUACAUGCACUCAUGCUGCAUAAAAGAUGAAGAUUUCCUGAUCUAAAAUCGUUUUGCACUUUUUUCCAAUGACAAAUGUUUAGUUAACCAUUCCAAGAAUCAACGAGGAUAACUGCAGUCUUCAAAGAGAUUUUGAGUGGCUGAUGUACAUGUUUGUGUUUCCACCAGAUGCAUCAUGGAAAUUCUCCUUUUUUGUAUCCUGAUCUUACAAAAUGUCUUGUU